AUGUACUGCGCGGGUGCUCCCAUGGAUGCUACUAUGGCUGCGGCACUACUGAGUGUGAAGGCAUUGCUGGGAGUGUCCUUCACGGACUGGGCGGUGAGCUCGCCGUGUGCCGUGCAGGGAGUGGCAGCACCGCCAGGCGCGUGGUCCAAUGUCCUCUGCGACUCCAUCUUCAAACCCAUCUCCCUGCAUGGGUGCGUGGGAGGCAUGGGUGCGUGGGAAGCAUGGGCUUCCUGGGUGCGUGGGAGGCAUGGGUGCGUGGGAGGCAUGGGCUUCCUGGGUGCGUGGGUGGGAGGCAUGGGUGCGUGGGAGGCAUGGGCUUCCUGGGUGCGUGGGAGGCAUGGGCUUCCUGCAUGGGGUUACCUGGGCCACAACUACUUCGACUUCAACUGGUUCUCUGCGUCCAUCCCCUCAGCCCUUGUGGGCAUCACCUCCCUCACAUCAUUCGGAGCGAGCUACAACUACCUGUAUGGCCCCGUGCCCAAGCUCGGCACGGCUCUCAAGACCAUUGAUGUGCAGAAGAACUGGCUGUCCGUCACAUUCCCCGGCACUGGCUUCCUCUCCUGCUCUGCCUCCUCCAACUGCUUCGCCAACAUAGGCGCAUGCAACACGACAGGCACCACGCAGCGCCCAUUGGAUUCUUGCGCCGUCUGUGACUCUCUUAAGGGCACCGAUCCCAUCUAUAGGGGCGGCACCUGUGCUCCCAACACAGCAGGCCCUCUUGCCACCUUCACCACCCCCACCACCUCGUCUCCCAUUCUCCCGCGCUUCUGCGUCGGUGUGCCUUUGAGCGCAGCGCAGGCUGCCAUUCUCCUCACUGUCAAGACAGCUCUCGGGGUCACCUUCACCGAGUGGUCAGCCAGUACCAUUGCAGCCAAGGCCAGCCCCCUUACCAGCGAGAUCAGCAACGGGCCAAAGGCACUAAAGCGGCGGCGCUUGGCAGCGAGUGAAGCGGGCAGGGAGAGGGUGCUCCUGGUGGCCCCCCCUUCAGCGCAGGCGGGCCUGUGCACGAUUCAAGGCCAGAUGCCCGUGCCUGGCUCCUGGCCGGGCCUGUUCUGCUCUUCUGCCGGCAAUGUUGUUGGCCUCCACCUGUCAUCCAACCUCUUCUUCCAGCGUCUCGAUUCCUUUGUGGCUCCUAUCCUGCCCACGGCCUCUCUCAAGGACAUGGCGGUGAGCUUCAACUGGCUCUACGGCUCUGUGCCAUCCAAGCUCGUAGCCAUGGCCGCCCUCUCCAAUCUCCUUGUCCUCUCACAGAAGAAGCUUGGGCUGUGCAGAGGUGGCACCUGUUUGCCUGUCCUCUCUCCUUCCCUUGCUAAGGUUCCCAACAGUGCUGAUGCCGCCACUCUCACCAUGACAUGUGCUGCCGUUCCCCUUGAUGCCACCUCUGUGGUGGCACUGUUGAAGGUGGGGGCGGCUCUUGGGGUCAGAGACAUCGACUGGCGCAACGGCAGCAAGUGCAACAUUGAGGGGCAGGGCGCCAACCCCAAGUCGUUUCCGGGCGUGUGGUGCAGCGCCAACGGCACCGUCCUCAACAUGAACCUCAACUCCAACUAUCUCCGGGUGGGAGCAAACUACCUGACGGGCACGCUGCCAGCCAUGGUCUUGCAGCUGCAAGUGCUGGCCAUCGCCAGCAACCUCUUGGCGGGCGCCUUCCCCUCGCGGUCGUUCCAGCUGUGCGACAUCCGCAGCAACUGCCUCUCCUCGCCGGGCUCCUGCACCAACGAUGCCGGUGUGGCUCAGCGCAACUCCGGCUGUGCCUUCUGUGGUUCAGCCACGGGCACCCCGCCUUUCUGUGCCGGCACCACCUGCACUCCCGAUGUCGCUGCUCUCCUUGCUGCUGGCACUGUGAACAACCUCACCUCCACCCUCCCAGCAAUGUUCUGCGAGGCCGUUGCAGUGGAUGAAAACUCUGGGCUGGGCGUGAGUGCAAGCAGCUGGGCGGUGGACUCGCCCUGCACGCUGGCGGGCAACGCCCCCGCGGUGGACAGCUGGACGGGCGUCGUCUGCGACCUCUCGGGCCAAGUCCUCAGCCUGUGCGUGCGCGGAUGA